AUGUGGGGAUUUGGAAGAAAGAACACGACGACGCCGGUGAAAGAGUGGAAAGUUGACGACUCGAAACCAAUCGUCACGCAAACCCCAGAGUACCAGAAGAUUGAGAAGAAGGAACACGAACAGAUAUACGAGGAGGUUUUAGCCCACUUCAAGGAAACAGAGCUUUAUCCUGUUUGUGAACAAAACUGCCAGAAGUCAGACUACAAACCUUUGAACAGCUACGAAAAAGCAUGGCUUUCCAAGCAAUGUUUGCUGAGAUAUCUUCGGGCCUGCGACUGGAAAAAGGAGGACGCUAUCAAAAGAAUAACAGGCUCCAUUGCGUGGAGACGAGAGUUCGGCAUUGCUGGUGGGGAGUUUGACAAGAUCACCUCGCAGUUGGUGAAGGUUGAAAACGAGACCGGUAAGCAACAAGUCUUCGGCUUCGAUUCCGAAAAACGACCAUGUUUGAUCUUGCUCAACGGGAGACAGAACACUAAAACGUCAGAUAGACAGAUCCAGCAUUUGAUUUAUAUGUUGGAGAGAAGUAUCGACUUCAUGCCCCAAGGCCAGGAUAAACUGUGCCUCUGUGUGGACUUUAAGAAAUACCCAGAAGCUUGCACAUAUGAGCCAAAAGUCCCGGCCGUCGGAGUCGGCAAAGCCGUCCUAUACAUCCUGCAAUAUCACUACCCGGAGAGAUUGGGGCGGGCUCUCUUUAUCAACAUCCCAACGCUAGUCAACAUUUUUUUGAAGAUCUGCUGGCCGUUUGUUGACCCUUAUACCAAGCAGAAGUGUAAGUUUGACGAGCCAUUCAGCCAGUUCAUCACUCCUGAGCAACUCGCACUCAAUUACGGGGGUAAUGUCAACUUCGAAUACGUCCAUGACGACUACUGGGACGACUUUGUUGCCAAGGCUGAGGAGAAACGAGCAAAGGUCAUGGAAAACUUCGAAAGGAAAGGAGGAGACAUUGGGAUGAGCGAAUGGGACCUGAGAGAGGGCAUCUGA